AUGUCGUCCCUCGCUCCUCCCUCUUCCUCGUCGUCGCCGAGCAAGCCCAACUUUGGCGAGAAGGGCCACCGCAACCUCGAGCCGCCGGCGCCCCUCCCGGCGUCGAGCCGCCCCGUCAAGCAGAAGAACCAGCUCCCGCUCCUCAACCUCGUCAAGGUCCCGCUCCGCGUCCUGUCGCCGCCAAAGGCGACCGGCAUGGUCGGCUCGGUCCGCUCGCUCAAGGCGACGCCGUUGAACGACGUGCGCCUCGCCGACGUCAUCGCCAACAAGCACCUGUCGCCGCUCUCGCUCAAGGACUUUGAGGGCUACCUCGUCUUCAAGGAGUACUCGGCCGAGAACCUGUACUUCAUCCUGUGGCUCAACGAGUACGAGAAGGAGUACAAGGCGUUCCUCGCCGACCCGAGCGUCGCCAAGAAGGACGCCGCGCCGACGUCGACCCUCGAGCCGUCGACCGACCCGCUCGCGACCCGCACGGCGUCGCACCUCCCCGAGUACCUCGCCGAGUCGCUCCGCCGCGGCCUCGACGUCUUCUUCGCGCCGGACGGGCCUCUCGAGCUCAACCUCCCGCGCGCGACGCGCGACAAGGUCCUCGUCGAAGCCGGCACGAGCGGCGACCCGCGCGACUUUGCCGAGGCGCGCGACAUCGUCGAGCACUCGCUCAACCGGUCGCUCGCGCAGCACGCCAAGAGCUGCGUCGCCAACGCCGGCCCGAGGCGCCUCACGUUCUGCUUCUGCCUCGGCCUGAGCAUCUUCUGCCUUGGCCUCAUCCCUCCUCUCGUCGCCAUCCUCACCAACCACGCCCGUGGCUACCGCGUCAUCGGCCUGCCCUUCAUCGCGUUCGGCGCCGCCGUUAUGGUCAUGGCGCUCAACCGGAUCUGCGGCGUCAUCUGGCUCCUUGGCGAGGACCGCCAGCUCCUCCCUUGGGAGCUCGCCGCGCCGACCGUCACGUCGGGCUCGAUCGUGCCCAUCGCGUGCCCGACGACGCCGAGCUCGGCCUCGUCGUGGGAGGACGAGUCGAGCUACGGCUCGGACGACAAGGACGCGUCGUUCCGCACCCAGACGUCGGCCAACCCGUACCCCUGGGAGAAGCAGGACGCGAGCGACGUCACGGCGACCCUCCCGCCCCAGUCAGCGAGCGCGUCGUCUCGUCCGCCGUCGUACCGCUCGCAGGGCCAGUCGUCGCGCGGCGUCGUCCCCGAGUCGGCGCCCGUCUGGGGCCCGGUCACGGCCGUCUUCUCGCCCGACGUCGCUCGCGCCCAGUGGCGUGUCGCCGUGUACGCGCUGUGCGUCGGCGCCGUCGCCAUGGUCGUCGUCGGCGUGCCCUUGAUGGCCGUGCCGAACAAGUAGAGCCCGCUCUCGAGCUGCAUCCCCUUCCGACAACCCCUCUCGCACUCCUUCCCCUCUUUGUCAGUGCCACCACAUCCCCCUGUCGCCCUAUGUCGCGGAUCGCCUCGUCUGUCCUCGUCUGUACUUGUCUCCUGCAUCAUGGGCUAAUUUCGCG